AAGAAGUUACAAGGUUUAAGGGAAGAAUUGAAUGCGAUUGUCCCAUACUUGGAGGAGAUGAGAAAGAAGAAAGUUGAAAGAUGGGACCAAUUUGUUGAUGUCAUAGAGCAAAUUAAGAAGGUUGCAUCUGAAAUCAGGCCUGCAGAUAUUGUACCCUUUAGAAUUCCUGUGGAUCAGUCUGAUCUGUCUUUAAGAAAGCUGGAGGAGCUAACGAAAGAGCUGCAAUCCCUUCAGAAGGAGAAGAGUGAUCGGCUGAAGCAAGUCAUGGAACAUCUUAACACUUUGCAUUCGUUAUGCGAGGUGCUUGGUGUAGACUUCAAACAAACAGUAAAUGAGGUGCACCCUAGCCUGGGUGAGGCUGAUGGAUCAAAGAACCUAAGCAACUGUACAAUUGAAAGCCUUGCAUCAGCUGCAAGCAGACUGUGUGAAUUGAAAGUCCAGAGGAUGCAAAAGGUUAGCACUCUUUGUAUCACUUAAGAAAUUUCAAUGAUU